AUGGACGAGAAAAUUGAGGAGCCUUUUGUGCCCGCUUUGAUUGUAGUCGAUAUGCAGGAAGACUUCUGUCCGCCCAGUGGCUCUCUAGCAGUGCAAGAUGGUCGAUCUAUAGCUCCUCUGAUCAACUCCCUCCUCGCUCAACCCGCACUAGUAACUCGUAUCGCUACUCAAGACUACCACCCACCAGACCACAUCUCCUUCGCCAGCAACCACCCGCCCCCAGAUAAUCGACCGUUUGAGUCAUUUGUUGAGAUGACGAACCCUCAUCCACCGCCUGGUCAAGAUCCGGAAACAAAACUCCAGCAGCUGUGGCCCGUUCAUUGUGUGGAGGGUAGUCCCGGCGCAGAUAUCAUCCCCGAGAUUGACGCCAAUCUAUUUGAUCUAGUGGUGUUCAAAGGCAGACACUCGCAGGUCGAGAUGUACUCUGCCUUUGCAGAUGCGUUUGGCAACAUCGAUCCAACUGUGACGAAGCAUUCGGUUACGGUAGAUAUUACCUCUGAGCUUCAGGCCAAGGGAGUGACGGACGUUUUUGUUGUCGGGCUGGCGGGGGAUUAUUGUGUGAAAUGCACAGCGAUCGAUGCAGUCAAGGCUGGAUUUCGAAGUUGGUUGAUUGAAGAGGCAACGAAGUGUGUUUGCCCUGCUAAGUGGGAUCAAGUCAAGGAGGAGCUUCUUAUCGCGGGAGUUUCAGUCAUUCAUGCCGAUGACGCGGUUCUCCAGAAGCUAGCGGUCGCAUAG